GCCGCCGCCCGCGCCAUGUCGUUCCGCCGCGCCCUGGCGUUGGCCGCCUGCGGGCUGGCCGGCGGCUCCGCGCUCUUCUCCGCCGUGGCCGUGAGCAAGCAGCCGGCCCGCGGGGACGCCGAGCCUCGGCCGGGGGGCUCCGCCGCCGCUCCCCCCGCUCCCGCCGCGCCGCAGGGCUUGCUGCUGCUGCCGCCCGCCGCCUCCUGCCCGCCGGGCCCGGGUUGGAUCGAGCGGCCCGCGGGCGGCGGCGGCGGCUUCUGGGACAGCAACUGGGACCGGCGCGAACCGCUGGCUCUCAUCAACCUCAAAAAGAAGAACGAGGAGACGGGGGAGGAGGAGCUGAGCUCCCGCCUGGAGCACUGCAGGGCGAGGGCCACCCGCCACAUCUUCCUCAUCCGCCACUCGCAGUACAACCUGGACGGCCGCGCCGAUAAGGACAGGACGCUGACCCCGCUGGGUCGAGAGCAGGCUGAGCUGACGGGACACAGACUGGCAAGCUUGGGAUUAAAGUUUAAUCAGAUCAUCCACUCCUCCAUGACCAGAGCAACUGAAACAACUGAAAUUAUAAGCAAACACCUCCCAGGUGUCAAAAAAAUUAGUACUGAUCUGCUGAGAGAGGGAGCACCCAUAGAACCGGACCCUCCCGUCUCCCACUGGAAACCAGAAGCUGUGUAUUAUGAAGAUGGAGCUCGAAUUGAGGCUGCAUUUCGAAACUUCAUUCAUCGAGCUGAUGUAAAGCAGGAGGAGGACAGCUAUGAGAUCUUUGUCUGUCAUGCCAAUGUGAUCCGCUAUAUUGUCUGCAGAGCACUGCAGUUUCCCCCUGAAGGCUGGCUGCGGAUGUCUCUUAACAAUGGCAGCAUCACUCAUUUGGUGAUACGGCCAAAUGGGAGAGUGGCCCUUCGAACGCUGGGUGACACAGGUUUCAUGCCUCCAGAUAAAAUCACACGCACCUGAGGAGUGAAGCUGCUGGCUGCCUCUGGACCCUUUGCACUCAUACACUCAGCUACAGUACCACUAGAUUUUUAUCUGUCAUUGUGAUGCUGUCUUAAAAAUGUCCUUCAGCCCCUUU